AUGAAUGUUGUACAGGGCCUUCUAUCGGCCGUUUCACCACUUUCUGACGGUGAUUUUGCCGAUCGUCUGAACUAUUGUGUCACCACUGUCGGUCUUGUGCUGGCAUCAGCGUUCAUCUCUGGAUGGAGCUUUGUCGGCUCACCUAUUCAGUGCUGGUUCCCUGCCUAUUACAAAGGAUGGUGGAUGGAAUAUGCGUUAGAUUACUGUUACGUACAAAAUACGUACUUUAUACCGAUGACUGACGUCAAAGUCCAUAAUGCGUUCGAUUUUGCACAACAUGUGAUCGAAAUCCCUUCUAAUCAUACGGAACGUGAAGCAAAACAAAUUGGUUACUACCAGUGGGUACCGUUCAUACUCGCUGCGCAGGCGAUUCUCUUCUAUCUUCCCGUCGUCAUAUGGCGUUCUGUCUAUGAAAGCUCAGGUUUCAAGGUGAAAGCCAUCUGUGACACAUGCAGCAUGCAUGCUAACAUGGACGAGGGCACACGUCAAAAGAACAUGAAAACGAUCGCCGCAUUCCUUGUUCAGGAGCAUUCUGUCGCUCUAGUGAAAGCAGGAAAAGCACGACGACUCACAAGCGGUAGCUACAUUACUAUCGUUUAUGUGGCCGUAAAAUUCCUCUACGCGCUGAACGCCGUCUUCCAGUUCAUCUUCCUCAAGAACGUGCUGGGUGUUCAGUCGUACACAUGGGGUUUGGAUGUGUCGCUGGACUUGUGGAACGGACGAGAAUGGCCCGAAACUGGCAACUUCCCAAGGAUCACAAUGUGUGACUAUGACGUCAGAGUACUUGGAAAUCUACAUCGACAUACAGUACAGUGCGUUCUGAUGAUCAACAUGUUCAAUGAGAAGAUCUUCGUCGCCUUGUGGUACUGGUUAUGCAUCAUGUUGAUCGUCAGUGUGUACAGCUUCGCCAAAUGGGCAAUUGCCACCGCAAUGACUUCAGUCACUGGCAAAGCCCUAGUGAACAACUACAUUCAACAGAUUGAUCCAAAUGUGGCUCGCAGUCUGCACAAACGCUCGCUUCUCCAACAAUUUGUCGUCGAGAAGUUGCGUGUAGACGGGGUAUUCCUAAUUCGACUUGUCGCUGAGAAUUCCGGCGAAAUGGUGACGUUGGCGUUGCUGAAGACGUUGUGGGAGGAAUUCAUCAAGGAACGUGGCGAGCAUCCACCACCAUACAUCGAGCCGCUUCUCCUCUCCAACAAGAAGAUCAGCGAAUCCGAUUUGUAG